AUGGAAGUGAAGGAGCGCAGGCCCUACUGCUCACUCACCAAAGGCCGCAAGGACAGCCACGGGCCCUACACCGGUUCUUCUGGGGACAGUGAGGAUUGUGUUCUGAGCUCUCAGGGACUCCGCGUCCCCACACAAAAGUCCUACUCCUCCAGCGAGACGCUCAAGGCCUUCGACCAGCACCAGGACCAGACCAGGUUACUGUACGGAACAACCAAAGGACACAAAGAAAUGGUGCGCCACGACCAGGACGAAUACACCAGACCAGGUCAGCACUUCAGCCUUCGUCAGCUGGGCAUCUGUGAGCCUCCUCCUCCUCGCCGGGGCCUGGCCUUCUGCUCGGAGAUGGGCCUUCCUCACAGGGGCUUCUCGGUGGGCACGUGUCCGGACGUGGAGCCCGACAGCGGGGCAGUGAUGUCUCCGGAGAGGGCCAUGAGGCUGUGGGGGCGCGGGGGCCUGGGCAAGACCUCCGGACGCAGCUCCUGUCUGUCCAGCCGCUCCAACUCCGUGCUCACCCUCACCGACACCGAGCACGAGAACAAGUCGGACAGCGACAAUGAGCAACCGUCCAAUCACCACGGCACCACGCUGCCCCCAGUGCCGCCCCCUCACCGCCAGCAGCCGUCCAUCACAGCUCUGAACCAAUCACUGGGCUCCACGCACCACGCUGGCCACUCCCUGAACUCCACCCGGCAGCUAACUCCGCCCACAGGAAGCCCGGCCCCAGUGGCUGGCCAAUCACCAGCCGAGCUGCAGACCACGCCCCCCGAGAGCGUCCCGCUGCAAGACAGCUGGGUGCUGGGUAGCAAUGUGCCUCUGGAAACAAGGCACUUCCUCUUUAAGACAGGCACCGGCACCACCCCUCUCUUCUCCACAGCCACGCCCGGAUACACCAUGGCAACCGGCUCGGUGUAUUCUCCUCCCACCAGACCCCUGCCCAGGAACACGCUGUCACGCUCAGCAUUCAAGUUCAAGAAGUCCUCCAAGUACUGCUCAUGGAGGUGUACGGCUCUCAGCGCGGUGGGUCUGUCAGUACUGCUCUCAGUCCUGCUCUGUUACUGCAUAGCUAUGCACCUUUUCGGUCUCAACUGGCAACUGCAGGAGAGCGAGGGCUACGGCGCAUUCGAGAACGGAGGAGCGGCUCGGGACACCACUCCGAACACUAUCAUGGUGUCCACAGACAAUGGAAAAAUGUACAUGGUAGAAAACAACACCAUAGAUACAGGCGAGGUGGACGUGGGAAGAAGAGCCAUACAAGAUGUCCCUCCAGGUGUUUUCUGGAGGUCCCAGUUGUACAUCGACCAGCCCCAGUUCUUAAAAUUCAACAUCUCGGUUCAGAGAGAUGCUCUUGUGGGCGUGUACGGACGAAAAGGCCUUCCUCCAUCGCACACACAGUAUGACUUCGUGGAGUUGUUGGAUGGCAGUCGCCUGAUCUCCAAAGACAAGAGAGCCUUGAGCGAUGCCGACCUGGGAAGCAGACACGCCCGCUCCAUAAACGUCCACGAAGCUGGAUUUAUACAGUAUCUGGACACCGGGAUCUGGCAUCUGGCUUUUUACAAUGACGGACGCAACACGGAACAAGUCUCCUAUAACACCAUUGUAAUAGAGUCGAUUAUGGAGUGUCCUCAGAAUUGUCAUGGAAACGGAGACUGUCUAUCGGGAAUAUGCCACUGUUUUCCCGGCUUUCUGGGGCCUGAUUGUUCUCGAGCGGCCUGCCCGGUCCUGUGCAGUGGCAAUGGGCAGUACUCUAGGGGUCGCUGUCAGUGCUACAGCGGCUGGAAGGGCACCGAGUGUGACGUCCCAUCCAACCAGUGCAUCGACAUCCACUGUGGGGGGCACGGCAUCUGCAUCAUCGGGGCCUGCAUCUGCAACACUGGCUACAAGGGCGAGAACUGCGAGGAGGUGGACUGCAUCGACCCCAGCUGCUCGGCCCAUGGCGUGUGUAUCCACGGCGAGUGCCACUGUCAGCCGGGGUGGGGCGGGGCCAGCUGUGAGAUCGCCAAAGCCAUGUGCCCCGACCAGUGCUCCGGCCACGGCACCUACAACGCAGAGACCAACUCCUGCACCUGUGACCAGAACUGGACCGGACCAGACUGCUCACUGGAGGUGUGCGAGGUGGACUGUGGCACCCAUGGCGUCUGUUAUGGAGGAGUGUGUCGAUGUGAGGAGGGCUGGACGGGAAGCGUGUGCGACCAAAAAGCCUGUCACCCGCUGUGCACCAAGAACGGAGUGUGUAAGGAGGGCAAAUGUGAGUGCGACCAGGGCUGGACCGGAGAGCACUGCAACAUCGCACUUCCUUAUCACUACGUCCAAGCGGAGCGUUCAGGAAUGAAGGAAGGCUGCCCGGGUCUGUGCAACAACAACGGACGCUGCACCCUGGAGGCUAGCGGGUGGCACUGCAUCUGCCAGUCCGGGUGGCGAGGAGCCGGGUGUCACGUCGCCAUGGAGACGCUCUGCACUGACGGCAAGGACAACGAAGGCGACGGACUGGCCGACUGCAUGGACCCGGACUGUUGCCUGCAGCCGUCCUGUCAGACACAGCAGUUCUGUAAAGGCUCUCCAGACCCCGCCGAGGUGCUCAGCCAGUCCCCCGCAGCUCUCACCCCGCAACAGGCUGCCAGAUCGUUCUACCAGAGGAUCCACUUCCUUGUCGGUCCAGAGUCCACUCACGUCAUCACCGGGGACAACCCAUUCAACAGAAGUUUGGUGUCUAUAAUCCGGGGCCAGGUGCUCACAGCUGACGGGACGCCCCUCAUCGGAGUCAAUGUGACCUUCGUCCAUUACCCUGAACAUGGGUACACCGUCACUCGCAAGGAUGGCAUGUUCGAUCUCUUGGCCAAUGGGGGAGCUUCGUUGACCCUGAGUUUUGAGCGCGCUCCGUUCCUCACGCAGUACAGGACGGUGUGGGUGCCAUGGAAUGUGUUCUAUGUGAUGGACACUCUGGUCAUGAAGAAAGAGGAGAAUGACAUCCCUAGCUGUGACCUGAGCGGCUUCAUCCGACCAAACCCAGUCAUUGUUGCAUCACCUUUGUCUACGUUUUAUAGAAGCUCAUCUGAAGAUGGCCCUAUCAUCCCAGAAACACAGGUGCUACAAGAGGAGACGUCGAUCCCGGGCAGUGACUUGAACCUGGUUUACCUGAGCUCCAGAGCAGCAGGAUACAAGCCGGUCCUGAAGGUCACCAUGACACAGACCUCCAUACCAUUCAACCUUAUGAAGGUUCAUCUGAUGGUCGCUGUGGUGGGGAGGCUGUUCCAGAAGUGGUUCCCUGCUCAGCCAAACCUCUCCUACACUUUCAUCUGGGACAAGACGGACGCAUAUGGACAGAGGGUGUACGGGCUAUCCGAGGCCGUGGUGUCUGUGGGCUUUGAGUACGAGUCGUGUUUGGACCUGAUUCUGUGGGAGAAGAGGACGGCCAUUUUGCAGGGCUAUGAGCUGGACGCCUCUAACAUGGGAGGAUGGACCCUGGACAAGCACCACAUCCUGGACGUACAGAACGGAAUCUUGUACAAGGGCAACGGUGAGAACGUGUUCGUAUCCCAGCAGCCACCUGUCAUCAGCAGCAUCAUGGGUAACGGUCGCAGACGCAGUAUCUCAUGCCCGAGCUGUAACGGGCAGGCGGAGGGGAACAAGCUGCUGGCCCCUCUGGCUCUGGCGUGCGGGGCUGAUGGGAGUGUGUUCGUGGGAGAUUUCAACUACAUCAGGCGGAUCUUCCCUUCAGGCAACGUCACCAGUGUCAUGGAGCUCAGAAACAAAGAUUUCAGACAUAGCAACAACCCCGCUCAUCGCUACUACCUGGCAACCGACCCAGUCACCGGUCAGGUCUACGUUUCGGACACCAACUCCAGAAGAAUAUACCGUCCCAAGAUGCUGAGCGGCGCCCGGGAUCUCAUCAGUAAUGGUGAGGUGGUGGCCGGGACAGGAGAGCAGUGUCCUCCCUUUGAUGAAGCUCGAUGUGGGGACGGGAGAAAGGCCACAGAGGCUCAGCUCCUGGGACCCAAAGGGAUUGCAGUGGAUAAGAAUGGACUCAUAUACUUCGUGGAUGGGACGAUGAUCCGAAAGGUCGACAGAAAUGGAAUCAUCUCGACUGUUUUGGGCAGCAACGACCUGACCUCUGCACGACCUUUGACCUGUGACACCAGCAUGCACAUCAGACAGGUUCGUUUGGAGUGGCCCACAGACCUGGCCAUCAACCCCAUGGACAACUCCAUCUACGUCCUGGACAACAACGUCGUGCUGCAGAUUACAGAAAAUAGACAGGUGCGGAUCGUUGCAGGGCGUCCCAUGCAUUGCCAGGUUCCCGGGAUCGAGUACACUUUGGGGAAGAGGGCGGUGCAGACGAUGCUGGAGGGGGCCACAGCCAUCGCUCUGUCGUACAGCGGAGUGCUUUACAUCGCCGAGACCGAUGAGAAGAAGAUACACCGCAUCAGACAGGUGUCAACAGAUGGAGAAAUUACACAUCUCGCUGGAGCACUUUCUGAGUGUGACUGCAAGAAUGACGCUAACUGCGACUGCUAUCAGACUGGGGAUGGCUAUGCUAAAGAUGCUAGACUAAACUGCCCGUCAUCUCUGGUGGUGUCGCCGGACGGGACCCUCUAUGUGGCUGACCUGGGCAACAUCCGGAUCAGAGCCAUCAGACGCAACCAGCCGCCCACAGGCUCUCUGGCGUCUGGCCCCAGCUCUUAUGAGGUGGCGUCUCCAGCCUCUCAGGAGCUCUACGUGUUUGACCUGAAUGGAACACACCAGUUCACCAUGUCCCUGGUCACCGGGGACUACAAGUACAACUUCAGCUACAGUAAUGAGGAGGAUGUGACAGCCGUGACAGACAGCAGCGGGAACACCCUCCGAAUACGCCGCGACACAAACCGAAUGCCAGUGCGUGUGGUUGCCCCCGACAACCAGGUCAUCUGGCUCACCAUCGGGACAAACGGAGGGCUCAAGUCUCUCACGGCGCAGGGGCAGGAGCUGGUGCUGUUCAGUUACCACGGCAACAGUGGACUGCUGGCCACCAAGAGCAUCCAAAUCGGCUGGACCACCUUCUACGAUUAUGACAGCGAGGGCCGUCUCACAAACGUGACCUUCCCCACGGGUGUUGUGACAAAUCUCCAUGGCGACAUGUCGUCAGGGGCCGUUGCCGUGGACAUUGAGACAUCGGGAAGAGACGAAGACGUGUCCAUCACCACAAACCUGUCCUCCAUAGACUCCUUCUACACACUUGUGCAAGACCAACUCCGAAACAGUUAUCAAGUGGGAAACGAUCAUUCUCUCCGAGUCAUCUACGCCAAUGGAAUGGACAGUCACUACCAGACAGAGCCGCAUAUACUCGCAGGUGCAGCGAAUCCCACCAUAGCCCGCCGUAACAUGACGCUGCCCGGGGAGAACGGACAGAACCUGGUGGAGUGGAGGUUCAGGAAGGAGCAGACCAGAGGCAAAGUAGUCGUGUUCGGACGGAAACUCAGGGUGAAUGGGAGAAACUUGUUGUCUGUGGAUUAUGACCGCUCACUGAGGACAGAGAAGAUUUACGAUGAUCACCGAAAGUUUCUGCUCAAGAUCAUCUAUGACACCCAGGGUCACCCCACACUCUGGGUCCCCAGCAGCAAGCUCCUGUCUGUUAACCUUACAUACUCCAGUACCGGUCAGGUGACUGGACUGCAGAGGGGUCCCACCACAGAGAAAUGGGAGUACGACAAUCAGGGACGCAUCAUCUCCAGAGUCUUCGCUGAUGGAAAAAUUUGGAGCUACACCUACCUCGACAAGUCCAUGGUGUUGCUCCUGCACAGUCAGCAUCAGUACAUAUUCGACUAUGACUCGGGCGAUCGUCUGUCUGCGGUGACCAUGCCCAGCGUGGCCAGACACACAAUGCAGACCAUCCGCUCCAUCGGGUACUACCGCAACAUCUACACCCCUCCAGAGAGCAACGCCUCGGUCACCGUGGACUACUCCGAGGACGGCCAGCUCUUGAGAGUGGCUCACCUGGGCACUGGACGGAGAAUACUGUACAAGUACCGCCGACAGAACAAACUUGCAGAAAUCCUUUACGACUCCACCCGGGUCAGCUUCACUUAUGAUGAAACUGCCGGCGUCCUCAAAACAGUGAACCUGCAGAGUGAAGGCUUCAUCUGCUCCAUUCGGUACCGUCAGAUCGGCCCCCUAGUGGACAGACAGAUAUUUCGCUUCAGUGAGGACGGGAUGGUGAACGCACGUUUCGACUAUACCUACGACAACAGCUUCAGGGUGACCAGCAUGCAAGCGGUGAUCAAUGAAACCCCACUGCCCAUAGAUUUGUACCAGUUUGAUGACAUAUCCGGAAAAGUGGAGCAGUUUGGCAAAUUUGGGGUCAUCUACUACGAUAUAAACCAGAUCAUCUCCACGGCCGUCAUGACGUACACCAAACACUUUGAUCAGCACGGACGCAUAAAGGAGAUCCAGUACGAGAUCUUCCGCUCGCUCAUGUACUGGAUCACCAUUCAGUACGACAACAUGGGCCGCGUCACCAAGCGCGAAAUCAAGAUCGGACCCUUCGCCAACACGACCAAGUACGGCUACGAGUACGACGUGGACGGACAGCUGCAGACCGUGUUCCUCAACGAGAAGAUGAUGUGGAGAUAUAACUAUGACCUGAAUGGAAACCUGCACCUGCUGAACCCGGGGAACAGCGGCAGACUCACCCCUCUGCGGUACGACCUGCGAGACAGGAUCACACGCCUCGGGGACGUUCAGUACAGACUGGAUGAGGACGGCUUCCUACGACAGAGAGGGGCCGAGAUAUUUGAGUACAACUCCAAAGGGCUCUUGGUUCGCGUGUACAGUAAAGCGGCUGGUUGGACCAUUCAGUACCGCUACGACGGACUGGGGCGGAGAGUGGCCUCCAGGAACAGUCUGGGCCAACACCUGCAGUUCUUCUACGCAGACCUGAACUACCCCACCAGAAUCACCCACGUGUACAACCACUCCAGCUCUGAAAUCACCUCCUUCUACUAUGACCUGCAGGGUCAUGUUUUUGCGAUGGAGAUCAGCAGUGGAGAGGAGUUCUACAUCGCCUGUGAUAACACUGGAACCCCACUGGCUGUUUUCAGUAACAAUGGACUUCUGCUAAAACAGGUGCAGUACACAGCCUACGGAGAGGUGUACUUUGACUCUAACCCAGACUUUGUGCUGGUGAUCGGUUUCCAUGGCGGCCUGUACGAUCCCCUCACGCGCCUGCUGCACUUCGGAGACAGGGACUAUGACAUACCAGCUGGAAGGUGGACCACUCCUGACAUCAGCACAUGGACCAGAGUGGGAAAGGACCCUCAGCCUUUUAACUUGUACAUGUUCAGAGGAAACAAUCCCAUCAGCAAAGUCCACCAGGUUAAGGAGUACGUCACAGACGUAAACAUCUGGUUGGUCACAUUCGGGUUCCACCUCCACAAUGCUAUCCCAGGAUUCCCCAUUCCCAAGUUCGAUCUCACGCAGCCCUCACUGGAGAUGAAGAAGAGUCAGCUGUGGGACGACCUGCCUGCCAUCUCGGGGGUGCAGCAGGAAGUGACCCGUCAGUCCAAAGCCUUUCUGUCAUUUGAGCGCAUGCCUGAGAUCCAGCUGAGCCGGCGGCACUCAGACCACACACGACCCUGGCUCUGGUUCUCGUCUGCGCGGUCUCUGGUGGGGAAAGGCGUGAUGCUGGCUGUAGUACAGGGCAGAGUGGUCACUAAUGCCCUGAACAUCGCAAACGAGGACUGCAUCAAAGUGGCAGCAAUCCUCAACAACGCCUUCUACCUGGAGGACCUGCACUUCACGGUGGAGGGACGUGACACACACUACUUCAUCAAGACCAGCCUGCCGGAGAACGACCUGAGCGCACUCAGGCUCACCUCAGGGAGGAAGGCUCUGGAGAACGGGGUCAACGUGACCGUGUCCCAGUCCACCACCGUCAUGAACGGCCGAACGAGGCGCUUUGCUGACGUGGAGCUGCAGUACGGAGCACUGGCUCUGCACGUGCGCUACGGCACUACCCUGGACGAGGAGAAAGCGCGCAUUCUGGAGCAUGCCCGCCAGAGGGCGCUGUCCACGGCCUGGGCGCGGGAGCAGCAGAGGGUCCGUGAUGGGGAGGAGGGGGUGCGGCUGUGGACCGAGGGGGAGAAGAGGCAGCUGCUGAGCAGUGGCAAAGUGCUGGGCUACGACGGCUACUACGUCCUGUCCAUAGAGCAGUACCCCGAGCUCGCAGACAGCGCCAACAACAUCCAGUUUCUGAGGCAGAGUGAGAUCGGCCGGAGGUAACGGCCACGCAGCCCACAGACAGUUUAACAGGGAUGUCACAAAACUGAAGGAAACCCAAUGUUUGUUUACUUUUUCUUUAAAUAUGGUCUCCACCGAUCAAUGAUAAUCACUUAAUGCACUGACCCCAAACCAAUCGAGAUACUCGAGCUGAAGAGCUCAGUCUAAACAAUGCCUUCGUUUUUUUGUUUUUAUCUGCCUUCGAAAAGCCUGCACGCAUGCCCCUCCCUUGGUGUGGUGGGCGGGGCUAAGAUUGCUCCAUGCCCCUCCCCUGGUGUGGUGGGUGGGGCUAAGAUUGCACCAUGCCCCUCCCCUUAUGUGGUGGGCGGGGCUAAGCCUACACCAUGCCCCUCCCCAAAUGUGAUGGGCGGGGCUAGUCGAGUGCCGAGUCGUGAGCUGUGCAGCUGUUAAACAGUAGGAUGUUAAGACUUUGAUCAAAGGGCAUUUCUGCAGCAUCACGAGGAGCUCGAAGCAUUUAGACAGUGAAACUGUCAGAGUAUGUGGGCCAGAUCAGGCCCGAGUCCAGAGCAGGAACUGUGGGACUCUCACAGAGAGACGGACACUAAAGGACUCACAUUUGUAUGGAGGACAAAAAAGACUUUGUUUGGAUUUUUUGGUUUGUUUUAUAAGAACUUGCAUUUGCUUCGAACUAAAAGGAGAUAUUAAAAUGAACAAAAAGUGUUUACAUACUAUUAUCUAUACCACUAUUAUUAAUCUUACCACUCCACUACCACCAACACUGCAGGAAGGCCCAUCUCUGGACUGACCCAGGACUUGAGUUGUGUUUUUUCUUUGUGUUUCUGAUAUCGUUGAUCAGUUUGGGCUGUUUUGAAGCUACUCCUUUGUGCUUUCACCAGGUCUAGUCUCUCUUCAGUCAGGACCAUGGACUCAGAUGCCAUGGACGCACUGUUGGCUCCUCUCAAACACUGCUCUGCUGUGGAGGCCUCACUUCUACAAAACGUGACUCGUAUGAUGCAUAGACCUUGUGCUUUUAUCGGUCGGAGGUGGUAGUUUUGCUUGCAAUAGAAACAUGUUGUCAUGGCUUUUGGGGUGGGCGGGUCGCUGUGAGUAGUAACCAACUGUUGCUUCUCUUUGUUUAUUUUGCUCGUUUCUUAAAGGGGCGGCGCAAUGCCAUCAGUGACUUUAACAAGUAACAGUAAUAGAUCAAAACUUGAUGUGGACGUUUUCUCAUUGAUCGUGGGUCUCUGUACUCUUAAAGGGGAGUUUUUUUCUGUGUAUGUGUGUUUACAAAAAGUGAAGGGGAUGGAAAAUCUUUUAAUCAUUUCAAAAGGAACAAACAGGAACGAUUGUUUGACACCAUAUGCUACCAGUUGUUUUCUUUCUUUCAAUUGAGACAAGUCAGCGUCUUUUGGGUUUCUCCUUUUUAUUUGGAAAACUGAGAAAUUCCACUUAUCCGUACAUCAAUAUUAGUCUCAGAGAAAGUAAUUUAUG